UGGGCGCCGUGCCGCCGCCGGCGGUGAUUGGCGGCUGAGCGCGCAGGCGCGGGCGCCGCGCGGGGUGAGGAUGGCGGCGCCGGCCCGGCGGAGCGUGGUGUUCGUGACGGGCAACGUCAAGAAGCUGGAGGAGGUCACUCAGAUCCUCGGGGACUCCUUUCCCUACACGCUGGUGGCGAAGAAAAUUGACCUGCCGGAGUACCAGGGGGAGCCGGACGAGAUCUCCGUGCAGAAGUGCCGCGAAGCCGCCCGGCAGGUUCAAGGAGCUGUUAUAGUAGAGGAUACCUGCUUGUGCUUCAAUGCCCUGGGGGGGCUUCCAGGACCCUACAUAAAAUGGUUCCUGGAAAAACUCAAACCAGAAGGCCUGUACAAGCUGCUGGCUGGGUUUGAAGACAAAUCUGCCUACGCUCUCUGUACCUUUGCAUUCAGUACUGGAAACCCAGAGGAGCCGGUGAAGCUGUUCAAAGGCCAGACUCAUGGGCUGAUAGUGGAGCCCAGAGGCCCUCGAGAUUUUGGCUGGGAUCCCUGCUUUCAGCCAGAUGGCUACAGCCAAACCUACGCCGAACUCCCCAAGGCAGUGAAGAACUCGAUCUCGCACCGUUACCGAGCACUGAGCGAGCUCUCUGCCUUUUUUCUUCAGAGCAACUCGACAGAGCCCCGCUCCAGUCCCAGCUAGCCCCCCCCCCCGGGCUGCUGGCUCCUUGGCUUGUCCGUGUCGCACCCGGCCCCGGGAGAGCUCUGCUCUGCUGCGGGCUGCCAUUAAAGCUGCUCCUUUCGAAGCCA